AUGUCAAAUUUACAGGAUUUAAUAAACCACGAUGAUGAUGGUGAUUACCUACCAUCCCCAUCUCCACCACAACAACAGCCACAACACGCAAGUUCUCUGGAACUGAAAGCUUCUACUACUGAAGAUUUACCUGAUUCAAUAACUCAAGAACAUAUAUUGACAAGUUUUGAAAAAAUAAAAACUCAUUUCCCGGCUGCAAGGAUUAAAAAAAUUAUGCAAAGCGAUGAAGAAAUUGGAAAAGUUGCUCAAGCUACACCGGUUAUAGUUGGUAGAGCAUUAGAAAUAUUUAUGGCCAACUUAGUUGAAGUGUCAUUAUUAGAAGCCAAAAAACAAGGGGUCAAAAGAAUCACUGCUUCACAUGUUAAAUCGGCAAUUGAAAACACUGAACAAUUUGAUUUUUUGGUGGAAGCUGUUGAAAAAUAUCCAUCUUUGAAAAAUUGA